UUACUUUCAUCUUCAUCUUCAUAAAUUCGAACCAUUUUACUACUACAAUUUUCCAGAAUCCUCCAGAUUCCAAUUCCUUUGUUUUCUUCUCCAUUUUUUUUCUUCCGUUCUCUUUAUCGUAGCUUUGUCUCCGUUGAUUGAAUUCUAGGGUUUCGCCUAAUUGUUAACAAUGGAUUGGGGAACUGUGACCACAGAGGAUCUAAUUGAGGCUUUACGCGAAGUCGAGUGGUCAUCUCCACCACGUCCUCUCUCUGAAUUCUUCUCUCGCUUCACUUUCCCCCGAUCUUAUUCCAAAUGGAACAGUCGUCUCAAGUGUAAUCUCUACUAUUACAGGACGAAUUACUUUAUUAUGAUUGUGGCUAUUCUUGCAUUGGGGUUUCUAAGGAGGCCACUUGCAAUUGUUGCUGCGCUUUUGACAGCGAUAAGUAUUGCUUUUUUAAAUGACAGUUUUGCAGGUACUUUUAGUGAAAAGGUGACAAGAACUGUCAGACAGGUUUCACCUCAUUUAGCUGCAAAAAUGAGGCCUGCACUCACGCCGGUUAUUCGAGGGCGUCCAUCCACUAAAAGAGCAAUAUUCAUUUGUGGAAGGCCUCGUUGGGUGUUUGUCUGUAUAUUUUCUAUAGUGAGUUUCUUCCUCUGGUUUGUUUCCUGUGGCCCCUUAACCGUCCUUUGGGCUUUUGGUAUAGGCAUUCUUGCCACUCUUGCUCAUGCAAGCUUCAGGAGUCCUAAUUUGAAGGCUCGCCUCAAUACAUUCCGUGAAGAAUUCCGAGCUGUCUGGCGCAACUAUAGUGAGCUGUAGCUUCAGUGGAGUUCCGGUUGCUCUACCAAUCUGCAAUUAGAUGUACUGAUUCGCUCAUUAUAUUUUUCUUUGGCUUAUCUGUAAAUUAACAUGGUCUAAUCAGUCUUGAAAUAGUAACAAGUAUGUGUGGUUCGGCAGUUUACAUGCUUGUGCGAUUAAGUCUAUUUUCCUUUCUUAAAAGAAAUGGAAAAUUCUGGUCGGUCCUGUACUUCUGAAAUCUCUCUCUAGUUUGAUAUGGAGAUAGUGAAACGUUUACCUAUUUGAUUAAGAAAAAACUAGUGAAAUGUUGACGUGA